CUCGGCGUCUGCGGCAGGAGCAGAGGCGCAGCUGAGCCCAGCGGAGCCGCCCUCCAGGCCCGGUGGACCCCAGCCGAGAACCUUCUCGGGCUCCACGGGCGCAUCCCCGGCCAGGAGAAGGAUCUCCGCACUGAUCCCGGGGCGCAAUCCCGGAGGGCGGCCGGAAGGAAGAGGGGCGGCGAAGCCACACGCGCCGUAGCCAUGUCCGGACCCAAUGCGUCCUGGUGGGCGCUGACCAACGCAACGGGCUGCCCCGGCUGCGGCGCCAACGCCUCGGACGGAAUGGCGCCCGCGCGGUGGCCCGUGGACGCCUGGCUGGUGCCGCUCCUCUUCGCAGCGUUGAUGCUGCUUGGCCUGACAGGGAACUCGCUUGUCAUCUUCGUCAUCUGCCGCCACAAGCAGAUGCGCACGGUGACCAACUUCUACAUCGCCAACCUGGCGGCCACGGACGUGACCUUCCUGCUGUGCUGUGUGCCCUUCACCGCCCUGCUCUACCCGCUGCCCUCCUGGGUGCUGGGCGACUUCAUGUGCAAGUUCGUCAACUACAUUCAGCAGGUGUCUGUGCAGGCUACGUGCGCCACCCUGACCGCCAUGAGCGUGGACCGCUGGUACGUGACUGUGUUCCCGCUGCGCGCCCUACGCCGCCGGACGCCCCGCCGGGCCUUGGCCGUCAGCCUGGGCAUCUGGCUGGGCUCCGCGGCCCUGUCUGCGCCUGUGCUCGCCCUGCACCGCCUCACCCCGGGGCCGCGCACCUACUGCAGCGAGGUCUUCCCCAGCCGCGCCCUGGAGCGCGCCUUCGCUCUCUACAACCUGCUGGCGCUCUACCUGCUGCCGCUGGUCGCCACCUGUGCCUGCUACGGGGCCAUGCUGCGCCACCUGAGCCGCGCAGCUGUGCGCCCCGCGCCCGCAGACGGCGCCCUGCAGGGGCAGCGGCUGGCGGAGCGAGCCUGCGCUGUGCGAACCAAGGUGUCACGGCUGGUGGCGGCCGUGGUCCUGCUCUUCGCCGCCUGCUGGGGCCCCAUCCAGCUGUUCCUGGUGCUGCAGGCGCUGGGCCCGGCGGGCUCCUGGCACCCGCGCAGCCACGCGGCCUACGCGCUCAAGACCUGGGCGCACUGCAUGUCCUACAGCAACUCGGCGCUGAACCCGCUACUCUACGCGUUCAUGGGCUCGCACUUCCGCCGGGCCUUCCGCCGCGUCUGCCCCUGCGCUCCCCGGCCACCUGGGCCCUCGCGCCCCGCCGUCCCCCGCGCGGAGCUGCACCCCCUGGCUCCUCUCCCAGGCCUCAGUAUGCGGCAGCCCGGGAGCAGUGGGAGCGGGCCGCGCAGGCUGUGCAUCCUGGGGAAACUCGCUGCCCCUCUCUGAGGACGGAGGUGGCCCCUCGGGAACGGGCGCUGCUAUUAUUGUUAUUAACAUCUUCGGUUUUGUCCCAAAUAAUCCCAUGGGACACGUUUCGUCCUCUUGUAACGUUUGGUACGAGCUGGCUGUGAUGUUUGCUGUUUUGCUAUUGUGAUGAUUAUUUCUGCCUUUCCUAAAAUCGAAGGUGCUUGAUGCUGGCACCUUGUGGAACUUUCCAGGAAGCAUCAGUAGACGUUUUACACACUGCCUUCAGGUUGACUGUACGAGUGUAGGCUUCGUCCCAUUGUCAGCGACAUUAAAACGUGAACACGUUGUGUAUCUUAAAAUCGACCGACACAAGGUGACAUUGCUGCCGCCUGGUGAAUCCCCACGCCAGUGUCACUAAGGAAAACCUCCCGGGGGUGGGGGCACAGUGCACAGGCUGCCGGCAAGAAGGACCGAUCGGUGACAAACCACCCCAACACCGAGGGGCUUAGAACGGCAUCGUUUGUCGUCUCUCAGGAUUCUGUGGGGUGACGUGGCUCAGCCACCCAGUGCCGUGACCGUGCGGUGUUGGCUGGACCAGGAAGGCGGGCGAGGGCUUCGCUCCUGUGGCCUUGGGCUCCCUUCCUGCAUGGCGCCCGGGAAGGUCGGACGUUUCUGGCCAGAAACUUCGGAGAAGAGGCAGAAACUGCACGCCUUCUGAGUCCUGGGCUCAGAAGUCCCAGAAUGUCACUUUUCCACACCCAGCUGUGACAGUCUCACCCAGAGUCCCGGUGGGGGGAAGGGACCCCAUCUUCUGGUGGGUGGGGCUGCACGUCCCUACCCGAGGGUGGGAAAACAGACCAACCGUGGUCCAGCCCACACCCGGACUGCGACCCAGUGUGAAAAAGUGGCGGGCACACAGUGGGUACAAGCAACACGGUGCGCACAGUGGGGCAGCCCCAGAGGUUCGUUCGUGGUGUGUGAUUUAACAUCCUCGAGGUGGCAAAGUCACCAAAUGGAGGACAGAUUAGUGGCCGCCGGGGCGAGGGAUGAUGGCGAGCGGGGAAAGGUGAACGGGGACAUGCAGGACCCAUGUGACGGAACAGGUCUGUCCCUGGACUGCGGCAGUGACUACGCAAAGUGACACAGGCGAUAAAAUUGUAGAGAACAAACACACACACACUGGUCCAAGUAAAAUGGGGAAACCAAAUAGGACGGGAGGGUUGCAUUACUGUCAAUAUCCUGAUUGCGAUACUGUGCUGCGGUUUUGCAAACUGUUACUCGGGGAAGCCUGGUGAGGGUGUGAGGGAGCUCGCUGCAUUAAAAUCUACGAU